CAAAUUUGGUUUUAAACAACUACAAUCUGACGUCAUUCGUUCGGCUCCGCCCGAUGCUGAAGAACGAAAAGGGAUAAAUGUGUUAACGCAGAUGAAAACUAAUUGUAACAUAACGAAUGUACUAAAUUGAGGUAAACAAGGCCACGCGCUUCAGACAGAUGAUUUAGCUUGAAGUUUUACUUUGUGGACUUUCAUAAUCAUCUGCAGCGAUAAUAGAAGAAACAGGGCCUCUGCUCCUGCUUGGUGUGAAACCCUUUCUGGAAAUAUCACAUCACUAACAUCUGCAGAGAAAAUGGAGACGAGAGGGAAUGAAGACAAAGAAGGCACUCUCAGUCCAGAGGACCUAUCAGAAAUGCUCGCAGCAGGGACCAAAGAAGUUCACGAAAAGGCAGAAAACACACAAUUUGUUAAAGAUUUUCUCAGGGGAAGAAUCCGCAAAGAGCUCUUCAAGCUUGGUGCUGUUGCACUUUAUUACACAUACACCGCCAUGGAGGAGGAGAUUGAAAGAAACAAAGAUCACCCUCAGUUUGCUCCACUUUAUUUCCCCGUAGAAUUACACCGUCAUGAAGCUCUGGCUCGUGACCUCGAGUACUUUUAUGGUCCGGAAUGGAGGAACCAGAUUACGUGCUCCAAAGCCACCCAAAAUUACGUAGAUCGCAUCCACCAGGUCGGGCGGGAAGAUCCAGUGUUGCUGGUGGCCCAUGCCUACACUCGCUACAUGGGCGACCUGUCCGGGGGCCAAGUGCUGAAGAAAGUGGCGCAAAGAGCUAUGAAGCUGCCUCCCACUGGAGAGGGCCUGGAGUUCUAUCAGUUCGACGGGAUCCACAGUGCCAAAGCAUUCAAGCAGUUGUACCGAAGUCGGAUGAACGAGCUGGAACUGGACAUGGAGACGAAAAAGAAACUGGUGGAUGAGGCUGUCAAAGCCUUUCACUUCAACAUGGAGGUGUUUGAAGAGUUGGAAGAAAUCGGCAAAACGAUCCAAGAGGAUGUUUUAGAUGCCGGCAUGCCAGUUCAUGGAGCAAUGGAUGGAGACAUCAGCAAAUGUCCAUACUACGCUGCCAAAAUGGCCGCAUCAGGAGGAACAGCCUACAUGUGUCAGAUGGCCAUGGCUGUGCUCCGACACCCAACAGGACAGGUCUUGUUUGCCACCUGGUUUGCUGCCUUGGCUGGAUUGGCAGCCUGGUAUCUGAUGUAAAAUAAUCUUCAGUCUUUUCAAGGAAGCACUGCAAAGAGAGCGAAUUUAAAAAAAAAUCAUAAUAUCUAUUCCUGUCAUUUCUCACCUUUCAGUGUUUCUUUUUAGAAAUUAUUUCACUUCACUUAUUGAAAGAUAGCUGUUACUUUGGCCUUUCCUUCAUGAUUUUAAGCCUUUUAUUAAAGAAAAAAACUAUAAGAAAAAGCCAACCUAAAUGUAAAGCAAUAUAGUAGAUAAACUUUUAACAAACAUUGCACUAGAACUAUUAAAAAAUAUUAUUUUUGCUGUAACUUUUCUUGGUUUAACGAGUUGUCUUAAAUAAGGUUAAAACAAAAAUAUUCCAUCAAAAUAAUUGUCGUUUCUAGAAGAAACUGUGUUUUUGUUUCUGGAUUGGUGCAGUCAUUUUUUUUCCUGCUGUUAGCCUCGAACACAUUAGCUUUACCUAAUCCCAGUUGCUGAGUGUGUUUUGUGUGUGCAUGAGCAAAACCGAUAACAUCAUCCUCCCUUAUCGCAAAAAAUGGUCAUUAACAUAAUUAUCCAGGCAGACCUACAUUGAAGAGGCUUUUUCCUCCCCCGUAGCUAUUAUAUCAUGACAUUAGCAUUACAGUGUGUUACAUCUGUUAUCAGAUUCAUGAUUGAAAAAAAUACUGUUUUGUUAGGCAGACGCUCCUUUGAUAAUAACUUGAGGAAAAGCAAAACACGAUACAGUUAAUGUGGAAGUGGAUAUUUUAUACUUUAUUUUUUUAGCCUAAAUGUAUAGAAGGGAAUACACUUGAGACUGGAACUUGAGAGCCUGCUUUGACAAGUGCAUGAUAAACAGCUUUCAAUUACUAAUGAAUAUUCAGAUUAUAAUCUCUCCAGGUGCAGGUUCACUUAGUGUCUGAAUUGUGAAAUGAUCGUCUGCUUAAAGCUGGAAUAGAGUGAUAAAAAAACACAUUUCAGGUGUAUUAGAAAUGUUUAGGUGAGAAGAACUUCAGCUUUGUCCAUUUUGGGUUUAGUAGCUGGAAAGAACUGAGCCAUAAAUUUAACAGUUGGAUUUUAGUAUUUUUAAUUCUAGUAUUUACUACUUAAAACGGAAGUGCUAUCAUUGUGCUUUAUUCCCCUCCUUUUAUUAUGCAACAUUUGAUCUGUAAAAAUGAGCGUUAUUGUAAUUAUUCGGCGCUCACAUUGGCCUUUCUGAUGCCCUCGCGUUUGCUUUUGUAUCCAUUUGUUGUGGAUACUCGACAGCACUUCAUUAACCAUCAUCUAUACUGCAUUUCUAAAGGGGCGGAGGUGGGGAUUCAUUUUCCUGUUUUAUUUUUAGCCUAAAUGAAGAGAAAUAUUUAGCUAUUUGUGUAAUUGAUGGUGUUAAAUUUCACCAGAGGUUUGAUCUCAUGUUGCCUGAUCGUCAUGGAAAUAAAAACUGCUUAAUUUUUUUAAGCAGGUUUGAGUCUAAACACCAAAGGAAACUUGUUUUCUGCUUUUAACAUCAAUUGGAAAAUGCGUUUAUUUAUAAUCAAAUUUUCAAUAAAUUCAACUGUAUCACCACAAUAAAGGUAGCUCAGGUUACGCUAAAUGAAUUUCAAACGGUUGAAUAUUACAGAUGCUGAUUAAUAUAUCUCUGUUUAUCUGUUGUAUAAUACAAAUUAUACAUCUGGAAUAUGUUUGAGGUGUUUUUGGAUGUACAAAAUGAACAGUGUUGGAUAUCUCAGGAGGAUAUGUAGUUCAGGCCAUAACUGUGUUUUUAUUAUAAUUUCAAACAAAUUCAUUAUCUUGCAUUUAAUGCAACUGUUCUAUCAGUGACUGGCUGUGCACUCAUUUUAUGAAGGUAAAAAUGUAACAUUGUGUUGCUGUCGGUAACAAAAUAAACUCAGUUUUCCUUUU